GGGGCAGGUACGCGCGUUCGCAGCUCGCUCGCAGAGACCAGCGGUGGCGGGAGCGGUCUGCGGCAAGUGAGAGAGCGCAGUGGGGCGGGGCGGGAGAAAGUGGCCGCCCGGAGGACGUUGGCGUUUACGCGUGGCCCAGCGGAAGAGUUUUGCUUUUCGUGCGCGCCUUCGAAAACCGCGCCUACUGUGGACUAAGGGGUCUGCCCGGAGCCUCCCCUCCUCCGCCCGCGGCCCCGCGUGGAGCUCGCCGGCCCGAGCCAGCGAGGGCGAAGUGGGAAGUGCGCUCGACCCGCGCCCGGAGUCCGGAGCCGCCCCCCCCUCCCAGUGCCCAUGGCUACGCGGGUGCUGACCAUGAGCGCCCGCCUGGGACCCGUGCCCCAGCCACCAGCUCCGCAGGACGAGCCCGUGUUCGCGCAGCUCAAGCCCGUCCUGGGCGCCGCGAACCCGGCCCGCGACGCGGCGCUCUUUUCUGGCGAGGAGCUGAAGCACCCGCACCACCACCCGCAGGCGCAGCCUGCGCCCCCGCAGCAGGCGCCGCAGCCCGCCGCGGGUCCGCGGCUGCCCCCCGAGGAGCUGGUCCAGACAAGAUGUGAAAUGGAAAAGUAUCUGACACCUCAGCUUCCUCCAGUUUCUAUAAUUCCAGAGCAUAAAAAGUAUAGACGAGACAGUGCCUCAGUCGUAGACCAGUUCUUCACUGACAGUGAAGGGUUACCUUACAGUAUCAACAUGAACGUCUUCCUCCCUGACAUCACUCACCUGAGAACUGGCCUCUACAAAUCCCAGAGACCGUGCGUAACACACAUCAAGACAGAACCUGUUACCAUUUUCAGCCACCAGAGUGAGACGACUGCCCCUCCUCCGGCCCCGACCCAGGCCCUCCCUGAGUUCACCAGUAUAUUCAGCUCACACCAGACCACAGCUCCAGAGGUGAACAAUAUUUUCAUCAAACAAGAACUUCCUACACCAGAUCUUCAUCUUUCUGUCCCCCCGCAGGGCCACCUGUACCAGCUACUGAACACACCGGAUCUAGAUAUGCCCAGUUCUACAAACCAGACAGCAGUAAUGGACACUCUUAAUGUUUCUAUGUCAGCCGCCAUGGCAGGCCUUAACACACACACCUCUGCUGUUCCGCAGACUACGAUGAAACAGUUCCAGGGCAUGCCCCCUUGCACAUACACAAUGCCCAGUCAGUUUCUUCCACAACAGGCCACUUACUUUCCCCCGUCACCACCAAGCUCAGAGCCUGGAAGUCCAGAUAGACAAGCAGAGAUGCUCCAGAAUUUAACCCCACCUCCAUCCUAUGCUGCUACAAUUGCUUCUAAACUGGCAAUCCACAAUCCAAAUUUACCUGCCACCCUGCCAGUUAAUUCGCAAAACAUCCAACCUGUCAGAUACAAUAGAAGGAGUAACCCUGAUUUGGAGAAACGACGCAUCCAUUACUGCGAUUACCCUGGCUGCACAAAAGUUUAUACGAAGUCUUCUCAUUUAAAAGCUCACCUGAGGACUCAUACUGGUGAGAAGCCAUACAAAUGCACCUGGGAAGGCUGUGACUGGAGGUUCGCGCGCUCCGACGAGCUAACACGCCACUACCGGAAGCACACUGGGGCCAAGCCGUUCCAGUGCGGGGUGUGCAACCGCAGCUUCUCCCGCUCCGACCACCUGGCCCUGCACAUGAAGAGGCACCAGAACUGAGAGCCGCCGCUGUGGGCCUGCUGUGCCUAUGCAAUUCACACUGACGGUCUGCGGUUCACUUGGCGACAUUUUAAACUACAAAAUUAACUAUAUAUAUAUAAAAAAAAGAAACAACAAAAAAACUGGAAAUGUAUAUUUUGUAUAUUUGAGAAAACAGGGAAUACAUUGUAUUAAUACCAAAGUGUUUGGUCCUUUUAAGAAUCUGGAAUGCUUGCUGUAAUGUAUGGCUUUACUCAAGCAGAUUUCAUCUCAUGACAGGCAGCCACAUCUCAGUGUGGGUAUGGGGUGGGGGUGACAAGGUGUGUUUGCAGUGUUUUUACCUAAGCACCAUCAUUUAAUGUGACAGUGUUUAGUAAACAAGUCAUUUGGCAGGCAGAGGGAGGAGGCUGGAUUGUGUGUCAAGAUUUUACUUGACAUCAAGUGGUUUUUCAAUAUUAGACUAAUUUUCUUAGAGGUACGUAGUGUACCUGGCAAUUCACAAAUAGCCAUUGAACAAAUAAGUGUUUGUUUUUUUGUUUUGUUUUUUUAUAUGAGUUGCCUAUAUUUGCUAUUCAAAAUUUUGUAAAUAUGCAGAUCAGCUUUAUAGGUUUAUUACAAGUUUUCUAAGAUUUUUUUGGGGAGAAAUCAUAAGUAAUUUGAAAAUAACCAUGAAUGCAUUUACAGUUAGAAUUUGUGGUAAGAUACCUCUUAAAACCUUACCAAAUUCACUUCUUUAGGGGAAAGAAAUAAUAAUCAUUCAAAUGAACUUUAAAAGCAGAUUUCAUGCACUGAUUAAAAUAGGGUUGUUUAUUUUAAAUAAUGAAAAGAUGUUUUAUAUGAAUUGUGAACUCGAGCUUAAAGGUAGUUACAGUAUACAAAAGUUAAACCUCUUACAAUAAGCUAAACACAGUAUCAUUUUUAAGAAGGAGGACUUAAUGUAAUUUAUGAUGCAGUUUUCAUAUAUGAAAAUGUUGAAUUUAUGAUGCAGUUUUCAUAUACCGAGAUUAUUUGCUCAUGCAGUACUGUUGGUUAAAUGCCAGUUUCUGUGGAUUUUGCAUGUAAUAUACAGUGACACAGUAAUUUUACCUAAAUUACAGUGCAGUUCAGUUAAUCUACUGUUCAUACUGACUCAGUGUCUGCCUUUAAUUACAAAUGACAUGUUGAAAACUUAACGAAGCAAGUGCUACAUAUAUGCAAUAUAAAAUAGUAAUGUGAUGCUGAUGCUAUUAACCAAAGGGCAGAAUAAAUAAGAAAAAUGCCAAAAGGGGUCUUAAUUGAAAUUUUAAUUUUGUUUUUAAAAUAUUGUUUAUCUUUAUUUAUUUUGUGGUAAUAUAGUAAGUUUUUUUAGAAAAUUUUCAUAACUUGAUAAAUUAUAGUUUUGUUUGUUAGAAAAGUUGCUCUUAAAAUGUGUAAAUAGAUGACAAGUGGUGUAAAUAUUUUGUAAGCAGCCUCAAAAUGUUUAUACAUGGAAACAUAACUGCAUAAAAAGCAUAACUCGGUUGCUGUUUUGCUUCUUUUUCCUUCUUAUUUUUGUAUUGUGGUCAUUUCCUAUGCAAAUAAUGGAGCAAACAGCUGUAUAGUUGUAGAAUUUUUUUGAGAGAAUGAGAUGUUUAUAUAUUAACGACAAUUUUUUUUUUGAAAAUAAAAAGUGCCUAUAAGAUUCAUGUUUUGCCUCCUUCUUCACUUAAAAUAGGAAAACAUUUAGCAAAUCCCAUUUCCAUUACUAUUUAAAAGGGUCUGUUUAUCAGGGCAGUUAAUAAAACACCAGUUUCCGCAUUGAACUGAUACCUGCCUUUGUUUAAGACAAAAGAGAAGGACUCAUUUUUAAAAUAUGAUUAGAGGCAUAAAGGGAGGCAGAAUUCUUUAAUGCUGAUUAUUAUUAUUUUUUGGUUAGUACCCUUGAUUUGAUGUAAUGAAAACAGAAUUUUUAGGCUUCUUCCUCCUAAAAAUUUGUAACCCCAGUCCAAAAUCUGCUUGGAACAUUCUACCAAAUACCUGCUCAGUAACUCAACUACCAAUGUCGUGAAAAACAAGCAAAAUCUGAGAAGCUGUCACCUGAGAGAAGCCUAAGGAAAUGUGACAACUAAAUGUAACAAGCUAAAUGGCAUUCUGGAACAAAAAGGACUAGGGGAAAAACUGAAGAAAUCUGAAUAUAGUGUGGAAUUUAAUGUUUCAAUAUUGGUUUGUCAAUUAUGAUAAAUGUAUCAUAAUAGAGAAUGGGGAGAGUGGU